CUAGAGUCAAAAUGUACACUAAAAAGGUGUCGACACUAUUACGUUGUGUACCAAGAGGCAAAUUAUUAUUUUAUAUUUCUUUUUGGAACUCGGUUUGGACAAAUAUUUUGAGAAUGUAUGGUUUUACGAGAACGAAGAGAGUGACUGAUCCGUUAGAUGAUAAGGUGAAGGCUCGGAUCUUCGGCCGGGAUCGGGCCGAACCGGCGGGCUACGUCAGCAGCGGAAGCGACCACAGCAGCGCUCACGCCGACGAUGACGUCACUUCCUCCAGCCUUUCUGAUAUAUUCUUCGGUUUCGGAAUCGACGGUGAGGCGGCGCCGGAGAGAGAUGAGUACUCGGCCGCCGAUUCGGAGCGCGAUCCGUCAAUGUACGAGUUCAAUUUGGGGAAUGUUGAUUUGAUUAAGCCGAUUGUGGUGGAUCGGACGGAUGUGUUUAGAAAUAUGCUCGAGGCUCACGUUUUGAAGGCGGUGCAGGCGUUUUCGUGCGUGAAAUCGGAUCAGCGUGUUUUGCGGAGAAACGUGAUGGCGUUUCUCAGGGGUUACGGUUACAAUGCGGCGAUCUGUAAGACCAAGUGGGAGAGCUGCGGCGGACUCACCGCCGGAAACUACGAGUUCGUCGACGUUCUCGAGAAGGACUCGUCGGCGAGGUAUUUCGUCGACUUGGAUUUCGCGUCGGAGUUUGAGAUCGCCCGGCCGACGAACUCGUACGAGCGUCUCGUGCAGUGCUUGCCUAGGGUUUUCGUCGGGAAAACCGAGAGCCUGAAGCUGAUUCUGAGGGCGGUGAGCGACGCCGCCAGGCGGUCGUUGAAGAGCAGGGACCUCCACCUGCCGCCGUGGCGGAAGCACCGCUUCAUGCAGAACAAGUGGCUCGGUCCAUACCGUCGAACGACCAACCUUUUUCCGGCGACGUUUUCCACACCGUCGCAGGUGAAGAGUCAAAAUAACGCCGUUAAGUGCCGAGCAGUCGGAUUUGACGCCGCCGUCGACGGCGGUAGUUUCAUGUUACCCGCGGCGGCCCGUACGAGAUGACGGCGGUGGAAAUAUUUAAAAAAAUAUAUAUAGUUCCCGUAUUUGUUGAAAAUAAAAUAAAAAUGUUAUUUUCUACAAACAGUUUUGUCGUGUUGUGUGUUGAUGGCAUGGUAGGAGUAUUUUUUUAAUAUAUUUAUUUAUUUUCAGCAUUAUCCAUUCAGUAGUGUACGCGGCAAAUGGAGGUUGGUUCUAUGACGCGCUGAUUAUCUAUGAUUCACGUGCAAAUCUGUAUAUAUUGUUUCCACCGUCC